AUGGCGCUCUGCUCUAUUCGUCUCCGCCGAGCCCUGACACUCUCUUCCUCUCUCAUCAAUCAUCACCGACCCUUCUCCUCAAUCCCUGCAAUCUCCGGAUCACCUUCUCUCUCCUCACUCACUCCCAACUCUCAAAAUCGUCGGCUCGAUCCAUCUCUACCACGCCUCCUCGGCCCUCCAUUUCACUCCAGACCUUUCAUAUCAACCGCCGUCUCUCUCGCACGGCCCAGGUCGUUCGACAACGGCAACAGUGAGAUAGGGCCGGACUCGAUUCUGUUCGAGGGAUGUGAUUACAAUCAUUGGCUCAUUACCAUGGACUUUCCGAAGGACCCAGAACCCACUUCUGAGGUGAAGGUUGAAACCUACGUUCAAACAGCAGCCAAAGUGUUUGGAAGUGUGGAAGAGGCAAAAAAGCGAAUAUAUGCAUGUAGUACAUCCACCUAUCACGGUUUCCAGGUUGAGGCGUCAGAAGAAAUGUCAGAAAAGUUUAGAGGAUUGCCUGGAGUUGUAUUUAUAUUACCAGAUUCCUACAUUGAUCCUGUAAACAAAGAGUAUGGAGGAGACAAGUACAUUAAUGGAACCAUCAUACCGAGACCGCCUCCAGUUCGUUAUGGGAGGCAAUGGGGAAGAUUCAAUGAUCGAAAUAGAGGUUUUGACCGACGGCCAAGUGGUCCAGCACCAAAUCAACAAGGCAAUUCGGCAUAUGACAACCGGGGAUCCAUGCGUGGUGAAACAGGGACCUAUGGGCCACAACGAAAUUUUACGCCACAGCAAAACUAUGUUCCCGCUGGACCAGGAGAAAGAAGAGGGCCUAUGCCACUAAAUAAUGCCCCUGUAGGAAGGGACACUUAUCAGGGGGAUAGAAGAGAUUCAAUGCCUUCAUAUCAGGCCAAUAACAAUCAAGGGGGACAGGGAAACUAUCAUCCGCAAGGGCAAAGGGAUUUUCCACCAGGAAAUCAGGGGGACCAUAUGCCUCCUGAGCAGAGAGAUUUCCGAGGAGACAAUAGGAAUUAUUCACCUUCACAAGGUGGAACUAUUGGGCAGGGAGCGAGUGGCACUCACAUACAAGGAGCUAGUGGACCUUACAUGCAAGGACCAGGCGGAACCCAAGGAGUUGGCGGAUCUCCUGGGCAAGAAAUGGAUGCUGGCUAUGGGCAGAGUUACCCGAGGCAUGGAGGAGAUCAGAGGUUCUCACAGCCGGAGCAAAGGAACCAUGCAGCCAUGGAACAUACAUGGACAGACCAAGUAAGAUAUCUUUUAUUUCAAUUAUUACUUCACAAACCUGGUUAUUCUUACAGUAUUGGUAGUCAGUCAAGAUUCAGCUAA